AUGAGAACAUCAACAACAACAACAACAAAACGAACAUCAACAACAAGAGCACAAAUCAAGAAAUUUGUUAAUAUAGAUAUGAUUCUAAAAUAAAUUUAUUAGAGAGCUGAGUAUUUUACUUAGAGAUAUAUUUAUUGUUUUCCAAACCAAAAGAUAAAUGCUCCAUUAAUUAAAUCUAUUUAUAGACUUCUCUUAAUCCCAGAUAAUUUUGUUUAAAGCAUUAGACUAUCAAAUAAAGCAUUACUCUAUUUAAUUGUUCAUUUGAAAUUUGCUGAAAAGGGAAUUCAUCCAUUAUAAGAAUAAGCAUAUGAAAAGCUAUAAGCCAUUUUGUAAUAUUAAUAAUGA